AUGAUUGUUUAUUGCAUUGUUGCUGUGCACGGAGUUUUGCAAAUUAAAGUUGGAUUAACAUCAGAAAAAUUAUUCUCAUAUGAUUCACCAUUGUUACCAUUCGUUAAAUUACAAACUGGAAUUAUUUUCAAAGAAGGUGGCCAAGUUGCCGUAUUUAUAAAUAAUCCUGGUGAUAUGCGGAAACCGGAAGUAAUUCCGGAGAUAAUGCGAUUGGUUAAUGAUUUUGAGCAUGCUACAGGAAGUAUUGGUUCCGCCAGCACUCAUUUAUGGUUCAUUCCAUAUCUGUCAUAUGUAGGAAUACAGGAACAUGGAGAAAUUGGUUUCAAAUAUAAAUAUUUGCCGGAAUUUAUGAAAUUACGUGAAUAUCACAGCUGGAAUUCAUUUGUCAAUUUGGGAUCACCUGAAGAUUGUAAAAAUGAAAAACCAGCUUGUUUACAAAAAUUCUUCUUUUCAACGGGUUUUCGAAAUGCUGUACAAUGGUCAGAACGUUUACAGUUGCUUCAGGAAUGGCGUCAUAUUGCUGCUCGUUAUCCAAAAUUUAAUGUUUCAAUUCAUGAACCAUUCAGUAUGUAUGCAGAUCAGCUGCUUACAAUAGUUCCGGUAACAAAAUCCACAGUGAUAUUUGCAUUUGUUGUUAUGGCACUUGUAUUGACCACUUUUACACCAUCAAUAACAACAAUCGUUUCGUCCACUCUUUCUAUCAUAUCAAUCAAUUUGGGAGUGCUUGGUUCAUUGACAUAUUGGAACAUCGAUCUUGAUCCCAUUUCAAUGGCUACUAUAUUAAUGGCUAUUGGCUUCUCUGUUGAUUUCAUUGCCCAUAUUACAUUUCAUUAUUACAAAGGUCAAACAAAGGGUAAACGUGAACGCUUAAAGCAUGCUCUUAAAUCGAUAGCAUGGCCUAUGACACAAGCCGGUAUAUCAACAAUAUUGUGUUUAUGUGUUCUUGGUGUAAUUCAAGCAUAUAUGGUGAAAGUUUUUGUAAAGGUGGUAAUAAUCGUUGUCAUACUUGGCCUUCUUCAUGGUUUAGUUAUUUUGCCAGUUGUUUUUGGUGCAAUACCGUUGCGGAAACGAAUUAUUGCUGAUGUUGACAAAAUGUCAACAACUUCAGCCCUUCAAAAGAAUCACACCAUACGAAUAGUUGUACCGGCAGUAACAAUCAAAAAAAAUGAACUGGAAAAGCAAAUUUCAGCGGGUCCACGUUAUCAAGAUUCGAGGGGUUAA